GGGGAGAGGAAAAGCCAUUAAUUUAUUCCUGAAAAGAAAGGAGGUAGGAAAUAGAAAAGCUACUAUACAGCUGGACAUAACAUAUUUUUAAAAGAACGAUGCUUUGGAAGACUUUGCUGCUGCUGCUGUUCUAUUACAGUGCUCAUGCCACUGUGACUCACAGAUGGAGCAGAGCUAUGCUUUUCCCAGCUGCUCAGCGAUUCAAGAGGUCCUCAGCUGCCUUCUUUAACCCAGUGCUACAAAACUCACUGGAAGAUGUGGUCCUGCUUUAUGAGUUUCUUUUAGCUGAGCUUGACAUUGACAAAAGUCAGAGGAUCUCCAUCAAAGAUGAGGAGCUUGCUUCACUGAGGAAGGCUGCUGAAUUUGACACCAUCUGCAACGAGAUCAUCCCCAAGAGCAUCACAGAGAUCCGCAGGCUGAGUAGCAGGCUGUCUUCUUACCCAAGGGUUCUCAAGAAAGAAGACUUUGAAAGGACAGUGCUGACCAUGGUCUACACAGCCUACAGGGCGGCUCAGUCCCAGGGGCACCAGAAAGACGCUUGGGCUGAAUCCUUUGUCAGUCUUUACAAAGCCCUGAAGCACGACUUGAUGUUCCCAUACAAAGAAGAGCCAUCACAAUGGGAGACAGAGCACACGGCAACACAGCCACCUCUUCUGGUUGAUAAGGGACGCAUGUAGCACAUACUCCACU